AUGAUUUUUGCACACACUCUCUCUCUCAUCUUCCACCAUUAGUCUUCAAGAUUUUCAACUCCAAUUUCUGGGUGCCCAAAAAAGAUCAAAAACCCAUCAAAAUUGCUACAUGAAAUGAUGAAAUCUGAAGAGAAAAGAAGCAUCAUGUUUGUAGGUGAAGGGCAUGAUUCAAGUUCAUCCCAAACUGAAGAAGUUGUCAUCCCUAUUCACAAGGUUGUUGAAGAGGAGAUUUCUACAGUAGGUACAGAAACACCAAAUGGGAAGAACUGGAAGAAACAAAAUCUGUUUUUGGAGAUACCAUCAAGAACAUCACAAGCCUCGUCAUCUCAUGAAUCUGUUCAAAUCAAGAUCACCCCCACACCAACUCCAACUUCAAAGAAAGUAAACUUCAAUCUGACACCAAGUCCUUCAGAGAUCAGACCAAAUGCACCUGCUCCUAUUCACUCAUCAAAAACCAAAUCUUCCAAGAAAAGUCUGCUACCAAAACUGAGUUUUAUGAACAAAACUACAAUCCCAGAUACAGAAAGGAUCGAUAGUAAUGUAGUUCCAGCAGUGUCAUCUUCCAUACCACAGGAAAAGACUUCAAUCGCGAGAUCUUGGUCACUUACCAAGAUCUUUACCCCUCAAAGGACAGCAUCUUUACCAGUUACCCCCAUUGCACAGUCAGAUCAAGGAUCUGUAUUGGGGAACUCGGGUGGUUCACUUAAUUUGGAGACUAAAGUCCAAGGGUGUAUAGCUCGAUCACGAUCAGUCCCAGUGCUGAAUGAAGAUAUAAGCAUCAAGAGAAUGGAUUCUUUUUUCCGUGUGAUUCCUUCAACUCCACGAGUGAAAGAUUCAGAUACCGUUUCACCAACCCCUUCUCCUGCUCGUGAUGCGGAAAACGAAGAAGGGGAUGGUGAAGACAUACCUGAAGAAAAAGCUGUUUGUAGGAUAUGUUUGGUUGAACUCUGUGAAGGCGGUGAAACCUUGAAAAUGGAAUGCAGCUGCAAAGGCGAACUCGCUUUAGCCCACAAAGAUUGUGCUGUAAAAUGGUUUAGCAUCAAAGGUAACAAGACUUGCGAUGUGUGCCAUCAAGACGUCCAGAACCUACCUGUCACACUUCUGAGGAUUCAGAGUACGGUUAGAAACCGAAAUACUGGUGCAAGUAGAUCCAACAUGGAAAUAAAUGCAUACAGUGAUGUUUAUAGGGUGUGGCAAGAAGUGCCUAUUCUUGUUAUUGUCAGUAUGUUGGCCUACUUCUGUUUCAUUGAACAACUUCUGGUUGGGAACAUGGGUACAAGUGCAAUUGCACUCUCUCUUCCAUUUUCAUGUGUUUUAGGUCUUCUUUCAUCCAUGACCUCUUGGACCAUGGUGAGAAGAAGAUUUGUGUGGUUAUAUGCAUCGAUUCAGUUUGCUUUUGUUGUAAUCUUUGCACAUAUUUUCUACUCCGUGGUUCACGUUCAGCCAGUUUUAUCGAUUCUUCUUGCAACAUUUGCGGGAUGUGGGGUUGCAAUGAGUGGCAGUUCGAUUAUUGUUGAGGUUUUAAGAUUGAAGAGAAGAUGGUGGCAUGAUCGGUCGGACCAACAAAUGAACACCCAGAUCGUUUUACAUCCAGAACCACGACGCACCCAAACUGCAUCAUCGUCCCAUGCCGCUCCUACACAUGAUGUUGAAAUUGGGAAUACAGAAGCUCAAAGAGGGAGCUAAGUUUGGUAUCAAGUUGCAGUAGGAAAAAAACAAGAGGAUGAUGAGAACAAGAACAAAAUGUUUGAAUGUGGUGAGCUUGCAGUUUUAGUUGAGAUAGAGUGUUGUGGUGGCAGAGUUUAGGUCUGUAUAUCGAAGAAUAUCAUCCAAAAGCAUCAUGAAAAUUUGAUUUAUCGAUGGCUUAUGUUUGAUAA